AUGAGCAAUUUGAGCAGAGGCCACAUAGAGGAGUUCGUCUUGGUGGGCUUCCCCGCCUCUCCACUCUGCCAGCUGCUCCUCUUUGUUUUCUUCCUUGCGCUUUAUCUGCUGACAUUGUUGGAGAAUGCACUCAUCAUCCUCACGAUCUGGCUCACUCCAAGCCUUCAUCGCCCCAUGUACUUUUUUCUUGGCCAUCUCUCCUUCCUGGAGCUAUGGUACAUUAAUGUCACUCUUCCCCGGCUCUUGGGCGCCUUUCUUACCCAAGACGGUAGAGUCUCCUAUGUAGGAUGCAUGACUCAACUUUACUUCUUCAUUGCCUUAGCCUGCACAGAAUGUGUGCUGUUGGCAGUUAUGGCCUAUGACCGCUACCUGGCCAUCUGUGAACCCCUCCGUUACCCAAGUCUCAUGCCUCCCAGUCUGACCACUCGCCUUGCUGCUGCCUGUUGGGGCAGUGGCUUCUUCAGCUCCAUGAUGAAGCUUCUUUUUAUUUCCCGACUGUCCUACUGUGGACCCAACAUCAUCAACCACUUUUUCUGUGAUAUCUCCCCACUGCUCAACCUCACCUGCUCUGACAAGGAGCAAGCAGAGCUAGUAGACUUCCUCUUGGCCUUGGUGAUGAUUCUACUCCCUCUGUUGGCUGUGGUUUCAUCAUAUGCUGCCAUCCUUGUAGCCAUUCUAAAGAUCCCCACUGCCCAAGGACGUCGCAAAGCCUUCUCUACUUGUGCUUCUCACCUGGCAGUGGUUGUUAUCUACUACUCUUCCACUCUCUUUACCUAUGCACGUCCCCGGGCCAUGUACACCUUCAACCACAACAAGAUCAUCUCUGUGCUUUACACUAUCAUUGUACCAUUCCUCAACCCAGCCAUCUACUGCCUGAGGAACAAGGAGGUGAAGGAUGCCUUCAGGAAGACAGUGCUGGGCAGAUGCCACUAUCAUAGGGAUGUUCCAGACUGA